AUGGCCCCCGGUCUUACAGAGAACGUUGGCCUACGGGCUCCAACAGCAGUGGUGCCUCUGAAGUCAGAGGCUGGUCACAACAAGGAGAACUUGAUCGGCUACAAAUACGAAAAAGACCAUGAGAUCAAGGGAACAGACAAGCUGCCACCUGCUACUUAUCCGGAAUAUCUUCCCGUGUGGGAUAAUGAAACAGAGAGAUAUGCCCCUCUCGAAUUAUUUGAGCAUUACGACCAUGGAAAGGACGCCGAUGCUUCUUUCCCCGACCUGUUUCCCCAAGGCCAAGCUGAUAUCGAUGAGAUCACACCUUUUAUUGGGUCUGAAGUGAAGGGCGUACAACUUAGCCAGCUUUCUGACAAGGGCAAGGAUCAGUUGGCCCUCUAUGUUGCACAGCGUCGAGUUGUUGCCUUCCGCGACCAGGACUUUGCCUCACGGCCCAUCCAGGAGGUCGUCGACUACGCGGGAUAUUUCGGCCGUCAUCACAUUCAUCAAACAUCGGGAGCUCCCAAGGGCUUCCCAGAGGUCCAUCUCGUUCACCGUGGCGCCGACGACCGCACGGGUGCCAAAUUCCUAGAGCAGCGUACCAACUCUAUCACCUGGCACUCGGAUGUCACAUUUGAGAAGCAGCCCCCCGGCACCACCUUCCUGUAUUUCCUUGACGGUCCUACAACAGGCGGUGACACCCUCUUCGGCGACAUGGCUCAGGCAUACAAGCGUCUGUCGCCCGAGUUCCAGAAGCGUCUCCACGGUCUUAAGGCCGUACACUCUGGUGUUGAGCAAGUGAAUGCCAGCCUGAACGGCGGUGGUAUCGCUCGCCGUGACCCAGUCACUUCGGAACAUCCCAUUGUUCGGACACACCCCGUCACUGGUGAAAAGGCACUCUAUGUGAACCCACAAUUCACACGUUACAUCGUGGGAUACAAAAAAGAGGAGUCAGACUACCUCCUCAAGUUCUUAUACGACCACAUCGCUCUUUCGCAGGAUACACAAGCCCGCGUCCGCUGGAGAGCUGGCACUGUUGUUGUCUGGGAUGUAAGUCAUGGGAGCCAUCGAAACAGCACGGGAGAAACAUUUUCUAAUCUCAUGCAGAACCGUCUCGCGUGUCACUCAGCAGUCUUUGACUGGGAGGAUGGCCAGCGCCGACACAUCGCCCGUCUCACGCCCCAGGCGGAGCAGCCUUAUGAGACUCCAUUCGAUGGUUGA